UGCAAUGAGUGGAGGCUGGAGGCAUUUAAGACCCUGGCUGCUCUUUUGCAUGUGCUUCUCAGUCUUGGGGUAGCUGUUGUUUGCUUCCUGGGCUUGGAUUGUGGCCAUUCCUCUUUCUUUAACUUUGUGGAGUUUGGGGACAGAAGUCCCACAGUGGAGAUCAAUGGAGUUGGUUUUCAUACAUCUGUUAACUCCACCUAAACAUCUUGGUCCUGCCUCUGCUGUUGGUCUCAGGACUGCUUUUCUCCUGGGUGUGAAUGCAUGUUGCUCUGAAAUGAAAUUUCGAGUGCAAAGUGGCAGAAGAUACCAUAGAAGUUCCUGAUCUGCCAUUUUUAGACAGCAGAGUAAGAGAACCAGCAAUCCUAGGAACUGAAAUCAAGGGGAUAUAUUUAUUUGACCAACAAACAUGGUUAGCAUUGAACUAAGUAUUGCUAAGCAAAUGAAUCCAAAGGCCUGAAACUUAGGGGUCAGGAAGCAAAAGGCAUUCAAGCAGCUCCAGUCACAGGACUGAACCUACCCCCCAGGAAGAGAUCCUCUCUGGCUGAGAAAUGUGAAGUUGAACUGCAGAGGACCCAAAGUCAAAAUGUGAGGCAGAAACUCAGCCCCCGGAUCUGGACCGCUUUGUUGAUCUUGGAGCUUUCUAUAGUGUACUGUUAUCUUUCUGAGGUGCCCCAUGGAAAACCAAAACCAAAAAGAUCCCCCGUCAAAUCAGGGUUCAGAAGGAACAGGAGAGGACCCACAAGAUCUCCAGGCAGGGAGCGAGGGGGAAUCCCAAAAAUGGGUACUAUGGGAACAGUUUAAAAAAGAAAUGCUCGAGGAAAAAUCUCACAGACGGGAAACCAAACAGAAGAAAUUCCCUCAGGGAGCAGUGUCUGCGCGGGUGUUGGCAGAGGCUGUGUGCGGUGAUGACACUCCAGCACUGCCACCCUCCUUCCAUCAAGAUGCUGAAGCAUGCCGGAGGUCUAGGAUAGUGUCUGUUGUGAGGCACACAAGGGACCUGGAGAAGCAGACCCUUCUGCCCGCAGACGCCCGCCUCCUGAUCAGGGAACCGGGCCCACAGACCUGCUCCCCAGCUGUGGGUCUGGCUGAGGCUUCCCUGAUGAGACAGCUGGAGUGCCAAAGGCAGAAACACCAGGUGGCAUUGGAGGAAGCUCUCCCGGGUUCCCCUGCAGUGGAGGAAGCUUCAGAAUCUGUUCCUAGUUUGGGAGGUUGCAGGACUGCCAGGGAAAGCACAGUGCUGGCAGGAACCGACGCAGGUGACCUGCAGCAGAGUGAGAAUUGGGGGGAUCCAAGUGGGAGAUCCUCAGAACAAACUGAACAAGAAGAACAGAAAGAGAACCUCUGGAAUCAAGAAGGUCCAGAGAGGCAGGUGGAAAAGUACAAAACGGUGAAGAGGGCUGAGAAAACCACGGCAGAAAACCAAACACAAAGGGGGGAGAAUAAGCAGCUUGAGGCUCAGUUGACUACCCACACAGAAGGGAAACCAAACAAAGACUUGGAGAAUGUCUGUCAGAGCAAAACCCUUUCUGGAGAUAAACUGCACCAUGGAGAAGAGAGGCCCUAUAAAUGCUUGGUGUGUGGAAAGAACUUUUGUCAGAAACAAAUCCUUACUAUACAUCUAAGAUCCCACACAGGGGAGAAGCCAUUCACAUGCUCUGAUUGUGAUAAAAGCUUUUGUCAUCAACAAUCUCUCAUUGAUCAUAAAGUAAUUCACACAGGAGAGAGGCCAUACGAAUGUUCAUACUGUGACAGAAGAUUUAGUUAUCGAUCAACCCUUUAUUAUCAUAAAAGAAUUCAUACAGGAGACAGGCCUUACAAAUGCUCAUACUGUGACAAAAGCUUUAGGCAGAAAGCACAUUUUGAUGCGCAUGAAAGAAUUCACAUAGGAGACAGACCAUUUAAAUGCCCACAAUGUGAAAAAACCUUCACUCAAAAAAUUCAUCUUACUAAGCAUGAAACAACCCACACAGUGGAGGAAUCAUAUCAAUGCUCCCACUGUGGAGAAAGUUUUCCUAAUAAAUCAGAUCUUCUUCUACAUCAAAGGACUCACAAAGAGAAGAAACCAUAGACCUGCUUGGAAGAUGGGGAGAGUUUCCAUCACACAACAACUCCUUCUGCAUGCCAAAGAAGCCACAGAAAGAGACACUGUUCAAAUGCACACAUUUGGGCUUUUAGAGUGCCGAGUUUAAUGCAGCCAAUGCUUUGAUUAAAAAUGGGGAGAAAUUUGAUGAAUGAAGAUAUUCCUAUUGAUUUCACAUCUAGCAGCUGUCCUCUUUUGUCCUCAAUGGAGAAGACUGGUUCACCCUCAGGUGGUAGUGAAGACGUUUCCAGUAACUAGCCAAUUCUCCAUCUGAUCAUAAACCAGAUUCUACACUGGGUUAAGUGCAAUGUGAACUUGUGACUGAGGAGGAAGAGAAUUGUUGGCAAAAUCCCUCUCUCUCUCUCCAGCAUUUAGUGGAACAAGCAGCAGCUGCUUUUUAGAUGUUUUUAAUGUCCAUAUGGGAACCUAUUUGUUCUGCUUACGAAUAAAGUCGAUUGUGUUUUUCUCA